AUGGCCGUGGACGAAGAACAGACGCCGCCGGAGACGUACCUGGUGAAGCGAACGGCGUACUGUCCGAACAGCGAUCUUCCCGUGUUGGUAUACCGAGGCGUUCUGGGGGGUUUGGAUGAGGAUGGGGUUUCGGAGAGACUGCAGAGCAACGGGUGGGUGAAGAAGGGUACAUGGGGUACCAUCAAGUUGCAGCAUUUUCACCCAAACACACAUGAAUGCUACGGUAUCUUCCAAGGCCGCUCGGAACUGGUCUUUGGCGAGGGCAGUUCCGACGCGCCCGGGACUGGUGUAAGAUGCCAAGUACGGGCCGGCGACGUCGUCGUCGUCCCCGCCGGGGUGUCGCAUGCCUCUGUCCCCGAGGAUGAGUCGGCGGCCGGGGAGGAGGACGAGUACCGUUACGUCGGCGUGUACCCCGAAGGAUCGCCAGACUGGCGGUACGAGCUGGGCAAGAAGUCAUUCGAGGAGAAGGGUGGCCUCGUCGAGGAGGUUGCGGGUGUUGGUGUGCCGCGGCAUGAUCCCGUGUAUGGGCUUGGCGGGCCGUUGGUGACGAUAUGGAAGACAUCGAGGGGUGUUUCUGCGGUUUAA